AUGAUAGGUUCAUAUGUUGACGUGUGCCGCUCUCAGGAUACACCCCCUCCCAACACAGGUUACACAGGAUAUACCCCCUUCCCACAUGAUACACAGAGGGAGUUGGUCUCUCAGCUGGUGUACCGGGAGGCUGGUCAGAUCUUCCAGCGGGAGGGCGGGGUCGGGGAGCCACGCCCACUGCGCCGCGUGAUUGGCUCGCCCGUCCAGAACGUCAACACAGACGACCUACGGACCCUGGAAUCCAAACAAAGACUAAUCAGAAAGAUAGCGUCACUCCGGCCGGUGGUGUCGCCCAGGAUACAUGAACCAGAGCCGCACUGGGAGGACAGUGAGUUCGUGCAGUCCUGCCUGAGGGCUCACAACCUCUACCGUGCCCGUCACUCAGCCAAGCCACUCAUCCUCUCCAACGAGCUGUGUCGUCAGGCCCAGGCGUGGGUCAACCAGCUGGCCCACACCGGCACCCUCAGGCACCGUGGGCACGAGGGCCUCGGCGAGAACCUCUUCUGCAGGAACACCGCCCUUAUAUUCCGUGGGCGGACCUCUAUCAUGCCCGACAUAUCAGGGGAGGAGGUGGCGGCCUACUGGUACAGCAGCGUCAGGCAGUACAAGUUUAACAGACCGCCCAACGUCCUGCAGGCCAGCCAGGGUCCGUUCACACAGAUGGUGUGGCAGAAGAGUCAACAGUUUGGGGUGGGCAAGGCAAGAAGUAGAUCAGGCAAGAUCAUUGUGGUGGCUCACUACACGCCGGCAGGUAAUAUAGAACACACCUUCAAGGAGAAUGUGCUUCCUCUGAACACUCGAGCUCUGGCAGCUGAGAUCUUGGGUGAGAUUCCUGGCCUGACAUCUAUGGAGCAAGUGGAUGGCAGUAUGGCAGAGCGAGUGAUGGGCGUUCUGGCGGCACAACCUCCACGCCUCACGGGGCGCAACGCUACUAAAGUUAUUGCUGCACAUCUCCUGGGUCAUACUGCUUCCCUUGUCACUACUCCAGAUGAAGAGCUCCAGGUGGUGAUCAACAGGUAUUCAAGCCCUAUCAAGCAAGGUUGCAAAAGGGCUGCCUCUUGGAUGAAUUCAGGAGGACCUUCCAACCCUCUGAAUAUGAUUCCUGUAGGGACAUGUUGCCCCCCAAGGUUCAGGUUACGCAUGAGAGCAUCAGUGUCACCAGCAGAUAUUCAGUCGAGUGUUAUACAUGAACCCUCUGAGGGACUUGGGCGUGAUGAUGAAGUGACGAGCCCCUCUAGACAUUGGCUCGAACCUCAGAGUUCUUAUGUGGCAGAUGAGGUUGAUGAUGGCCCAACAGAAGUGAUAGAAUUAAAAAGAGGUGAUCUCGGCACACCUUCAUCUGAUAUGGAGGAUAUUAGUUCCUUAAAUUUAAGUGCUAGUUCCAAAGAUUCCUCAAGACCUAAAAGACCUCGGUUAAGAAGAGGAGGUCGGUGGGGCCGCAUGGCUAAUUCAGGACGCACUGAUCUUGAAGCCAUAAGGAGUGAAUCUUUUGACUCUGUGGAUUCCCAGUCUCACCCAGAGCCUACCACUCUAAGACGGAGGAGAGAAAAUGGUGGAAGAGAACCAGAAAAAAAUCAAAGUGAUGAUCAAAUAGAACCAGUAGUGGAUAAGUGCAAUCUAGAUGUAAAACUUCCCUUUGAGAUAACAGAUGGUGAGCGUAGGCGCACGAAAUACUAUGCCCUCAGUCCCAUGCGUUACUGAUAAGAUGGUUAGGUAUGGACACAAGUAUUCCUUUGAUAUUAGAGGGAUAGUGGAACAGUAGUGAUGUGGUGAACUAGUUGGAAGAUUAGUUUGAUAGUGUUGAUUCAUUAAAUUUUUACAAUCAAAUAAUUAAUAACCUCACAAAAUAUUCUACAUGUUGCAAAAAUGAGCUUUAAAAACCUAAAAUUUUAUUCUAAUCUCUUUAUUCAGAAGGAAGCGCUGACAGCCAGAAGAGAAUUGUCCAGGAUGAAAAAAGGACAUAAGGUCUUUGUGAUGGUUGUUGAUGUGAUAAUUCCUAAUAACUGUUUCUAUUGUUGUUAGUUGAAAACAUUGUUAUUAUGUGCCUGAAAUGUGCCAAGCUAGAGCCUCUCCUGAUGGUCUCGGGAGGCAAGAGUUUAUGGUAAACAUUCUCUUUCUCGCUCUUUCCUUCUUUAAUUCUCAUAACACAUCACAUCAGCCAUUAACUGCAAGAUUUACAUGGUGUAUCAAAAUGGUCAUAUUUACCAGUUCCACAUGACACUCGCUGCAUCUUGGUAGCAGUAUCAGCCCCUGUACAGGAAAACACAACAUAUGCUAGAUAGCUUAGAUACUAAUAUGUCCAGACAGGCCAAAGGAGACCAUGUAUUUACAGACAUGCAAGAUACAACCAUUUGAGUUCAUAAUCCUGCAGAGCCUUGGCUUGUUAAAUGCAGGUACUACUGGUGUUCCUCAUGUGACUAUAUUAAUUUUUCAGCUUCUGAAAUCUUCUGUAAAUAUAUUUCCAAAAUAGUGUGUAAGGUCGUUUGAAUUUUGAAAAAUAGAAUGUUUAUCAUGAAAACUUGCCAUGCACGCUUGUCUAUGCAAUAUAAUGUAUGCCCCAAAAGAUUUACAAACGAAAUGGAAUGCCUUAGCUGGUCUCCAUUAUCCUCUUUCAUUUGACGAAAGAUGAAUAAUUUUGUUUUCUUCGUUCAUAUUUUUCAUCAAAAUCCAUCAAAACAAAUCUUACUGCAAAUUUUGUAAAAGGCUCAUUAAGCAUUGACAUUUAAUAGGCUACAAAGCUGAAUUAUUGGUAAAGUAAAUGUACGGUACAUUGGCACAGAUACAUUCUUAUACACUAGUUGUGUACAUUGACUUUAGAAUUUAGAUCUCUUAAUGGAAAGUUCCUCAUUUUUAUGUUACAGUAUCAUAAAUGGAUCCUUAUUUCUAAAAAUAUGAACAUAAGUCAAUUUUGUGGCCUAUAGUCUAUGAGUGAGUGACUACCUGUAGUGGUACACUCUGACAGUGCUACCUGUGUCAUUGGAUACAAUACUGUAGUUCAGCACAGGAAGCACUAUUCAUUCAACUAAUAUAAUUGCUGUAAAACAACUCCUCACUUGGUUUUAUCCUAAGUCUUAUAAGAUAUUCAGUGAUGAAGUAUUGCCUUUAACAGCCAUUGAAGCAUCUCAGUCAAAAGUUAAGAACUCUUAACAUAUUACUGUACCAGAACCACAACGGAAAGCUUUCAGGUCUCACACCACAUUUUUUACCCUACAGCCAAAUUAAUAACAUGAUUAUAUACUCACCCAGAAUCAUAGCCUGCCAGCUUGUCAACACACUCACAAGCUUAGGUGCACAUUAUACUGUACAGUACUGUAUUGUAUUGUAUUGGUCCAUCAGCUGUUUUGCUCUAUUCUCUAUGAUUUUUGAGCAGGGAGUUUCCAUUCCUGUUGUUCAGCAAGCUGAGCCAAUAUGUUCAUUGUUUCCUCUCUCAUCUUGUUAUAAUCACCCUCAAUAUGUGAACCUCAGUCUAUUAUUGUCAUGGACAGUAACAAGUAACAAUUAAAUCUGAAGGACAAUACAGUAUUAAGAAAUGUCUAGUGCUAGGAUUACAUCCCACUUGGACAAUCGUCUGUUUUAUGCAAUUUAACAUAAUAAUGUAACAUAAUCUAACAUAACCUGAUCAUUUAACUAAGAUGGUAAUAGUCGCAUGAAACAGACGAUUAAUUUAGUGGGUUGACAUCACUGCUAGUGGGGGCUAAAUAUUCCAUGUUGGCCACCAUUCCAUCUUCAUUGGUUGUGACAAAAUCCAUUGGUUUGCAUGUUUACUCACCUCUAAUGGUUGGGUAUUAAAUGCGAUGGACUAAAAAAUUGUCUCCCACACUCGUUACAAAAAGAGUUGCUGGGUCAUUACAGAAAUUGUUAUUUCUUUAGUCACUACUACAGUUAAAAUCACCCACUGCCAGAACGUGGUAGAUUUCAGGAUAAUUAUGUCUGUUAAGGAUCUCAUUUUCCUGUGGUUUGCAAAACUAUGAUUUGAUGAUCUAUAUAUGCUUCCAACAGUGACACCAUAGCUUCUCAUUAAUUUAGUUUUACACCACUUUGAUUCUUCCAGAACAUUAUCUACACACCCCACUAGAGAUCACAGCUUAAGGUUGAAGAAGCUACAAGUUCAAAAAACUGUCAGGGCAACUUUUCUGGAGUUGAGGUUGUGAACUCUUAAAACAAUCUGCCAGAGAGCAUUGUUAUGGCACUGAGUGUGAGCUCAUUCAAGACGAGACUUGACCAACUCUAGUGCAGGUACAGAUAUAUUCUGGAGCCAGUACUUGCCAACAAUGCAUAACAGAGUUGUGAUCCAAGCAGCCAAUGAGCCGAUCAGUGGCAAAGAGGAUAAAGUUAAAAGUUGACAACCCAACCUGGCAGGUUCUUAAAUUUUUCUGGGAAAUUUAUGUCAAUAAAGAGUACAGUACUGUAUUCAAAGUGAUCACGUACAGACAGAAGAUCAUUCAGGAGGAUGAGUUCAGGUUAUACAUUAACCAAGAUGAAGGUUUAAAAACAACACCUCUUAUUCAGGAUAGUUUAAAUAUGUCACAAGUCUUCAUGGAAGGCCUUAUAUGUUUUUUAUGAAGGCCGAGAUAAAAAUGAUGUAAUAAUGAUCCCACACACAUGUUCACAAAAAAUGUUUACCUGUCUGGACUUAUGGAAUUUUCCAAUGUGUCUUGACUCUGGAAAAUUACACUUUCUCACAGUCAUGCAAGCAUAUGCAUAUUCAGUGUUAUGUGAUUACUAUGUGCUCACUUCACUAUUAAGGAUGACACUUACUGGUAUGUCAUUGUAGAGAAUGUGUGUGUUUAGAUGGGGAUGAAGUUCUGAUCAUCACACCACCACUAUGAUUAGGCUGUUUCAAGAUUUGUUCCACGUCUGGAUAUCUUAUAAGACCCCAAGUAUAGUGAGAACUGUUUUUCAGUAAUUGCAUCAUGUGCACAAGUAAUGCUCCCUGCUGCUGGAAAGUCGGGCCAUAUCUCAUAGGCAGCAGUGUUAGUUAUAAAGUGUUCGGAGUGCAGGGUAUCACAAGGGCUGCUCAUCUUGGCUCUACCACCAGAAAUAGGGAUUUCAGGAUUCAAUUCUCCUUUUCGUAACUUAUGAUUAUCUUGAUAUUAAUCUGACAAAACAAAUGAAGGCAGUUCGUGAAAGUUUCGUAUCUUUACGGGAUGACUGACAUGACUUUUUUAUAUACAGAUAUAAAUUAAGUGCACUUGCUACUUAAACAUAUCUGUGAUUUAUCCUUAUAGAUAUUGUUAUCACUGUUAUUCUUGUUAUUUAAUGUAUAAUGAUAUUAUUGCAGAUUUAUAUGUUGCAUCAUCAAAGAACAAAUAAGUUGCCUUAUCAUAUCAAAAUGCUGUUAUUAAAUACAUAUCACGCAACAAGAUGAAAAUAAUAUAGUCUAGUCUCUGCUUAGACCUUAAGUCAACAUUUUCUGUAAUUAUUAUUGAGGAAUUAAUAUACCAAACCAUGCUGCACUGAGGUUGUGUAUGAUCAUAUCAACAUUUAUAUUAGUACAGUACUUGAUAUUACACAAUACAUUAUUUUCAGGUUUAGUAUUGUCUUAGAAAAGGAUUUUUGUUUUAUUCUGAUGAAUUAUAUUCAGUACAGAAUUGAGGUGACACACUGUGUAGAUUGAAAAGUGGUUUGAUAUUCUGAGCUCAGCAGAUAGGAGAGUAACAGUAUAGGAAGGCAUUACAAUACUAGUUGCAUUUCUUCUAAUUAGAAUCACAACAGAUUUUUAGAACAAGAGAGAGAGAGAGAGAGAGAGAGAGGUGACCAAAAUCCCACUCCAUGGGAUGUACCAUGUCAGGCACUCUUUAUCCUGGACUAUAGACUAACUAACUCCUUCUCAGCUAGCAGUGUCAUCUCAAUGACUGGAUAAUUAUGUGUUUAUUGUGUGUGUUUAUAUCAGUAAUCUUCAUGUGCAUGUCUGUGUACACAUUUAUGUACAUAUACAUGUUUGCAUGCAUAUGUACUGGGGUUGCCAAUUCUUCCAGAGUAGGGCUUGCCUCCCCCCACCUGCAAGAUAAUCUUGAACAAGUGCAUAAAAUCUUAACUGCUUUGUGAAGUGGUAAUAUACAUACAACAGAGAAAAAAUUACUUUUUCCUUGAUUAGAAAAGUUGAUGUUUUGACCUCACUGCCCCGCCAUUAAUUUCUAAAAGUUUUCCUGGAUUCUCUAUCUCAGCCCAUGGAGUUUGUGUGCUACAAUGAGUCAGUUUCUUAUAGUGAACUUUGAUCAUAAAAUUGAUAUUAGGUCCAACCCUUUAUUUACAAGGACCACACUUCUUCCUGUUCUGUAAAAGACAAAAUCAAAAUAUAAUAUGCAAUAGUUAUAGUUAAUGUUCAGAGAAUGUUGUACUUUUACCUUUUUUACCUUAAUCCUCUUCACCGCUGAUUGGCUUGUUUGCCGCUUGUGACAGCACUGAUUGUUGACUUAUUCAAAACCUGACGACCAAAAUUAGCACAAGUUCAGAUACUUUCUGGAUCUCCGAGCCAGCACAGUAGUGUACUUGCCAACAGUGUGUAACAGAGAUGUGAUUGACUGCCCAAACAACUAAAAGGUCAAUUAAUGGUGAAGAAGAUAAAGUAAAUUAACAGUAGAUAUGAGAUCACUUUGUUUUAUAUUUUUUUCAAUACAGUAGAAAGAUAUAGACUGUAUUUUGUUGUCACAUAAGUUGAAAGUUAUGCGUUUGUCCUUUAAUCUAAUCCAGUGCUUUCUGUGAGAGGAUAUUCAUUAUUAUGAGCUGGUUAGAGAUGAGAGAAAUUUACUCGGUAAGUGUGCAGUGAAAGCAAAAUUGUAUUAAAAUAUUAUUUACUGUACAGUAUAGUUUUUAGAGUUUUAUAAGCAGUGAUAACACUUUACUUGGGCAGCUCAGUCAUGCUACUGUAUCUAUGAAUUCAAGAUUUUAAUAUUUUACAUUUUGAUUAGGUGUUUGUAUUCUACAGUGAGAGUUCCAUCAUUGUCUGUAUUUAUUACCUUUUUAUGAAGUCCAUUUUAUGGGUUCAUUUGCCAUUGAUACCUAUACAGUACCAAGACAAAUUUGAAUUGGCAACCUCAAUGUGUACACACGUACAGUAUGUUUUCAUCUUUGAUUAACUACAGAGCAGAGUUAUCAAAGAGUAAAUAUGUUAAUUAGAAUACUUAUUGUUUGAGAGGUCACUUAUCAUUUAUGUAUGGUUUAUAAUCCCUGUGGUGUGCCAAAAAUAUAGUUAUCUGCUGUAUACCUGGGGAACAUUUACAAAAAGUUAUUUUUAUGUUACAUUAUUAUUAAUGGCUUAUAAAACAUAUUAUUUUGUUAUUUUUGCUUCAGUAUCUGAGGCAUAUGAAGGCAAUGCGUUUAUGUGAAGAAAGGAUAUAGCUAGUGAUUUUCCAUCAAGUGCUUUCAUUUCAGGAAAUAGUGUAUUUAUCAUUCAAUACCGUAAUUAGGAGAUCCAUAAGAUGAAAUUUGAUGCAGGUUACUGUGGAUAACUCGGCUGAAACCAUUAAAUCUCGUACUGCCGCCUUAUAUACCUCUUGUGUUUAUGUGAAAAUGUUGUAGAUACAAAUUCUAAUUCAGAUUAGUUAUUGAGAAACAAUAAUUCAGGUGUGGUGAGUCCCACAAGGCUGUGUGUACAGUAUUUUUACUACAGACAAAGGAAGUCAUCAAGACUGAUGCCACUCAAGGUCAGCAACAUUUCCUGUAAACAAUGUCAAGUACAGUAAGGUAUUUAAAAAAAAAAUCAGUCAUUAAUUUGUGUGACCUCAGCACAGAUCUACUUUGUUGUGUGCUUGGAACAACUGUUAUACAUUGUUUUAUGUAAUGGGUUCUGUUAUAACUUUCUAUAAUAAUGUAAAACAUUCCAAGAUGCACCUUAUAUGAAGCUUUUCUUGGCCAUCAUCUUUUAUGGUUUACUUGAGGGUAAUUUUGAAAAUGUUGAUUUUUUUAAUAAAUUUCAUGAUAUUUAUUGUUAAAUAAAAGCUGAGCGGAAAUGUAACCAAAAUGUUAUUAUACAGUAUUAAACACAAAAGUAAUGCAACUUAUCACAGUAUGAAUGAAGUCCAGUGCUGGUAAUCACAUUAGACAAAAGCCUUAAAUAAUUUUAGCUCAUAGAAACACAAUUUUAAGAUGCUUCCUUUUCAUUUUAUUCAGUUGUGGAAUGUCCAAGCCGCACUGGCAGUGGCACCUCUAAUACAGCGUACCUCAGCGUCCUUCAGUACCUUUUAUAACUUGACCCAGGUAUUUCCCCCUUAACAGUAGAGAUAGUAUAGUAUGUUAUGAUAGAUAUCUUGCCCUUUUAUUGUCUUAUUCUUUUGAUUGACACACAAGGUUCAUACAGAAUCUUAUUCAGCAACCUAUUAGAUUUUGUAUACUGUAGUUUCAUUAUGAGUAAUGUGUUAAAGUUUGUACAGUACCUUAAGAAAUAUACUGAAGGCUUGGACACUGUCAGAGUAAGUACAGUACUGUAUUGAGGGCAUUACAGUAUCCUUUUGAGUGAUGUACUUAGGGUUCCUAUAGUAUUCUUCUCAGUUAACAUAAGCUAUCAAAAGUUUGUACAGUGUCAUCUUAAGUAACAUAUCAAAUUUUUACAGUAGCUUCUAAUGUAAGUCUUAUUUAAACCUUACCGUGCAUCCAUAAGUAGAAUGAAAAGGGUUGUAAAAAAAAUCCUGUCACAAUAAUUAGUUUCAAAGCUUUCUAAAUUGUACAAAUGUUAUCAAUUUACCGAUGGUUUGUACAGUACUUUGUCAUCAAGUCUAUUAUACUGAUAUUUACAUAACUGCUACUUGAGCUAUCCACUAUUAACCUACACUGUUUUGUUUGUAGUAGUUAUCAGUGUUGUCAUAGAAACACAGAAUAUUUCAUCCAGAGGUGAGGUCUUGUAAAAAAAAUUCUGUGAUUUAUUUAACUUUUUAAUAACAGACGUAAUUGAAAGAGAGGAUGGUCACAAAUCUUCAGUGGAAAGUAAUAGAGAUCAAAGACAUAUCAGAGCCAGAGGUUUAUAUACACUAGUACAUACCCUAUAAUGCUGUAAUGUGAUUUAAGUUUUACCUAUACAUAUAUACCUUUUAACCCUCCUACAUCCUUACUUACCAAAGUCACCUCUUGGUGUCUCUCAGCUGCUGCUCGAGGGUAUUUCCCAACAAUUCUGUUUGUCCUGAUGUUCUUUGUUGUUAAAUUUGUUUCAUGAAUUAAUCAUUACAGCAUUCCUGUCAGAACAUCUGUUGUUAUUGUAGUUUUCACUUGUAACCUCCUGGCUCUGAUGUUAGUACUUGUCUCUCUCCCUUAUCUCUCAUUCCUUGACAACACACUGCAUAAAAAUAAAGACCGAUUUUUUCCCUUCAUAUUUUACAUUAAGAAAAGGAGUUGUUUUUGAAGAUAAGUUAUUUACAAUUUGUUAUUUUCAGGUUAGUUAUCUACUUUGUGUGGUCAUUGCUCAGACCUGAUGAUACAGUACUAUUACAAACUGUGCAAUACUGUACUUUGAUCAUUCAAUUCACUUUUACCAACUUCAUGCAUGAAUAAGGAUGAAAGAAUUUAAGAGAACAAAAAUUUGUGCUGGUAUAUACCGAUAAUUAAUCAAUUUAUCAUGGGAACUAAAAAAAAGCAAAUAUACCAUGGCUUAAUUAUAUAUGUAUUCCUGGAUAUUAUUUUCACCUUGGGAUGGCACUGUCCACAACAUCAGUAUCAAUUUUCUAGAUAUAAGUGUACAUUAUAUCCUAUAAUUUAGAUUCCUCCUUUAUAUGCCCAUUUCCCAUUCCUACAUUCCAAUAGGUCCCAUUAUGCUUAUACUGUACUGUAUACUAUAUUAGCCCAAUUAUUUAUAUAUUGUAGGUCUAUAUCAGUUCUUCAUUGACAUAUUAGAUGGAUCUGUUAAAGCUAUAAAUCUAAAGAACAGUAGAAUAAUUAAAGUUGAUUAAGAUUUAGAUAAAUUUGUUGAUAGUUUAAAUAUA